AUAAGUCGAAAACUGUUCAAAAUUAAGUCGUCUGUUGGACCUAGUAUUAGUAUAUAUCUCCGGGGGGCAACAUCAAUUGCACACUUCACUUUGUAAGACUAAUUUAUUGGCACCGUAUUCCCAAAAGGUGGGACUAUACCAUAAAAAGGCAUUUCGCAAGAUAAUGAGUGCAUGUUAUUUUCUGUGUUCACUUACAAAAUCACCGAACUGUAUUGCAGAUAUAAAAUAACCGAUAGCUCACACAGAAAUUGUUCGGUCUGUUCAUAGGACAAUAUUGGGGCGUUACUAUGCCAACGGAUAUUAUCAAUACUUUAUUUUUCUAUUCUUAGACUGGAAUCGGAAAUUCGGAUUUUCUUCCAUAUGAAGAACAAAGUCUUGUUCUAAGAGAGAUAUUGGACGAUAACAUACUUAAUUGACAGAUCGGUUUCAAUUUAUGAUGCAAAUCUGGAUGGAUAUGGAAUUUACGUAACGCUGUCUGUUCAGCUGCUUCUUGUUUAAACAAAAGGAAGAUAUUACUUGGAUAUUUUUUUCAAAGUCUGCUCAAGGGGCAAGAAUAUAAUAAAUUUACUUUACACAAAAUGUUUACGUUUUGUGCUUAAAACUAAACACGAAUCUUUGAAGUGAUAGGAGUUCUUGAACUACAAAUUUAUGGUGACAUUGUGAAAUAAUAUACAAAUACGGAUCUGUGCCAUCAUGUCAUAGAGAAUGGAGAUGACAUAACUCGCCACCUGGUGUUUUGGAAAAAAUGUAACAUCAAACAGUUGAAGUAAAGACAGAAGACCAUAUAUGCCAUCAAGAUUUUCUGAUUCUUUGAAAUCGAAAAUUGCAAAGAAUUUCUGCAACAAGCUGAACUUGAGCCAGUCACAAAUUUAAAAUGUAAAUCGUAUUAUACCGCAGAUAUCUAUCAGCGGAAAGACAAAUCAGUAGACGCUAUAAUAUAAAGGAAUGCUUAGACAUUCUGUCUGAAGAUGGACGAAAGUGAAAGUGCGCACAAGAAGAGAUAGGAGUUGUUAAAGCGUGUUUAAUGGUAACCUCAGUGUUUUCCGAUGUGAAACGUACCUUGUAAAUAAGGAAUGAGACCUGUAGUUGAAGGAUUUUAUAUAUAACCUCUGAUUUAGACACGGUGAAAAAUAAGGAAUAUAAAAAAGCAAAAAACAGCGCGAUAAUGAAAGACCAGGAAGUGGUGUUUAAAUGAUAACCUUUCAAACAGAUAUAUAAUCAUGAUAUUGUAAAAACAAUAUUAAACCCUUAUAUUAGACGUAAUGUUAUACGUGACACGGAUGAGAACGAAAACUGAAAUUUAUCAGGAUUAAACUUAGGAGCUGUAAUUUGGAUGCUAACUUUAUUCGAAAUAAUGUUUUGAACGUAUUCCUUGCACUUGUUAUUCAAUGGAGUUUCAGUAUACGGAUUAAGUUGAAUGCAAAACUAACUGAUGAGUGGAAAUGAUUAAGUAGUUCAAAUUGUCCGACGGGAGUCCAGCGCAACGUAUAUAUAGUGUUGAAAGCAAGAGGAAAGUGAAAUUUUCUGAAAUAUGACACAUAUAUUUUACUUUAACAUGUCAUCAAAUUUAAAACGAACUAAAUUUUAUUUCCUCAUAAUAGCAAUUUUAAGUUUUGUGAUUAUUUUAGUUUCCUACAACUGGAACAUAACGGAGAAUAUUUAUAGAAUAUCUAGCGAAAUUUCCCAAGUCAGAAUAGCCAAACUGCAGUCGCCCGAUAUCAGAAUAACAGAAUCACCCGAUGUCAGAAUGACAGAACGAACGUUAGCGAACUUUCAUGAGGAUGCAACUAGAACACUUACCGCGGACCAUAUCAGAAAGACUAAAAUGAGAAGCGAAACAGGAAAGGAAAGCGGUGAGGAAAACGAUUAUUUAAAGCUUAAAUCAACAAUACAUGUACACAAAAGGAAUGAAACCAUAAUCAAAAAGAAAUAUGUUGAGACAAUGGAAGAUAGCGUGAAAGAUAUACGACCGGACAGUAAUAGGAAUUCGACAUUUACUCAAAUCAUUGUAUUUGAUAAUGACGAUCUCAGAACCAAAAAUUCUAGUGAAACUUCUGAAGCAGGAAGACAGGUAGAUGUUUCUCAGACUAAAAAUGAAACAGCUAAACCAUCAAACUCUGUGAUACAUGACAAUCAAAAACUGAUCUCAGAAAGUGUUGUUCAAAAUACUUUGUCAAAUGAAACAGACUUCAAUUUUGAGAAGUUUAAAAAUAGCAAGGAAGAGACGCGGCAAGUUUUAAAUAAAAUACACAAACUUAAAGAAGAGCUAACAGGAGAUCAUAAAAGUUCUACUGUAAUACACAGUAAAAAGACACGUGUCACGCGACCAAAACACCAUGUCACUAGAAUUAAAGAUAAUGGCCAGUUGCCGACAGAAAGGGACAUCAACACGUUUAAACGCAUUAAAAGCCGACUUCAAAAUCUGGGAUUAAUAAACAGUGCGUUUUUGAUGCCGCAUAAUCACCAGGAUACACAUAAUAGCUACAACCUCGAUUCAGAUGUAACUAGUCGUCCAGAUGUAUGUGCUGGAUGUUUCGAAAAGAAUUUUAGAAAGAUAAUAAAUGAACCAAACUUGUGCGAUGGUGAUGUUGAACUUCUGUUUAUGAUAGCAUCAACUGUUGCAAGGAAGGAUUCUAGAAAUGCUAUACGAAAAACUUGGUGUGGUGGUUGCAAUAAACCGGACUCAAAAAUGAAGUUAGUGUUUGUAUUCGGAAACAGGCAUGAUUCCGAUGAAAACGAAAACCUGCUAGAAGAAAGUGAAGAAUUUCAUGACAUAAUUCAAAUGGACUUUGUUGAUACCUAUGCAAAUUUGACCUAUAAAACUAUGUCUUCAUUGCUGUGGAGUGAAGAUUACUGUAAGCAGGCAAAAUAUGUCAUGAAAACUGAUGAUGACAUGUACAUUAAUACAGAAUUACUUCCCCUGUUACUCAAAGCGGCUCCUAGUGAAAAAUUCAUAGGGGGUAUGUGCUGGGGACCUAGUUCUCCACACAGAGAUUCGAACUCGAAAUGGUACGUUUCUUUCGUACAAUAUCGACAUAGUCUGUUCCCCUCUAUGUGCAGUGGAACCGGAUAUGUAAUGUCACGUGAUGUUGUUUCCGGAGUACUUCGACAAUCACCAAAUGUGCCAUUUUUCUAUCUUGAGGACGUGUAUGUUGCAAUAUGUGUUAAGAAAUUAGGAAUACAUCCAGUUUUACUGGAUGGAUUUAAAAACACUCGAGUUGACUUUGAUCCGUGUACCUACAGAAACCAAAUAAUAACGGCACACGAACUAAAUGCCGACGUUUUAGACUAUGUAUGGACAGAAAGUAGAACAUGCCCAAAAGUUGAUCUCACGCCAGAAAUGGUAUAUAGACCAAUCCCCGUGUAGAUAGCCAAAUUACUGCGCAUUAAUUCCUUAAAAAUGACAUUAACUAGUAAGGUUAUUGAAAUACCUUCUAUGUAGUAUAGAGAGGACACAAACUGCCUACAUUUAAGCUAGUCAGAUUUCAUUUGUUUUGUAAGCUCACCUGUCACAAAGUGACAAGGUGAGCUUUUGUGAUCGCGCGGUGUCCGUCGUCCGUCGUCCGUGCGUGCGUCCGUGCGUGCGUGCGUGCGUCCGUUAACUGUUGCUUGUGACCACUCUAGAGGUCACAUUUUUCAUGGGAUCUUUAUGAAAGUUGGUCAGAAUGUUCAUCUUGAUGAUAUCUAGGUCAAGUUCGAAACUGGGUUACGUGCCGUCAAAAAACUAGGUCAGUAGGUCUAAAAAUAGAAAAACCUUGUGACCUCUCUAGAGGCCAUAUAUUUCACAAGAUCUUCAUGAAAAUUGGUCAAAAUGUUCACCUUGAUGAUAUCUAGGUCCAGUUUGAAACUGGGUCACGUGCCGUCAAAAACUAGGUCAGUAGGUCUAAAAAUAGAAAAACCUUGUGACCUCUCUAGAGGUCAUAUAUUUCAUGAGAUCUUCAUGAAAAUUGGUCAGAAUGUUCAUCUUGAUGAUAUCUAGGUCAAGUUCAAAAUUGGGUAACGUGCCGUCAAAAACUAGGUCAGUAGGUCAAAUAAUAGAAAAACCUUGUGACCUCUCUAGAGGCCAUAUUUUUCAUGGGAUCUGUAUGAAAAUUGGUCAGAAUGUUUAUCUUGAUGAUAUCUAGAUCAAAUUUGAAACUGGGUCACGUGCCGUCAAAAACUAGGUCAGUAGGUCAAAUAAUAAAAAAAACCUUGUGACCCCUCUAAAGGCCAUAUUUUUCAUGGGAUCUGUAUGAAUAUUGGUCUGAAUGUUUAUCUCGAUGAUAUCUAGGUCAAGUUCGAAACAGGGUCAUGUGUGGUCAAAAACUAGGUCAGUAGGUCAAAUAAUAGAAAAGCCUUGUGACCUCUCUAGAGGCCAUACUUGUGAAUGGAUCUCCAUAAAAAUUGGUCAGAAUGUUCAACUUGAUGAUAUCUAGAUCAAGUUUGAAACUGGGUCACGUGCCAUCAAAAACUAGGUCAGUAGGUCAAAUAAUAGAAAAACCUUAUGACCUCUCAAAAGGCCAUAUUUUUCAUGGGAUCUGUAUGAAAGUUGGUCUGAAUGUUCAUCUUGAUGAUAUCUAGGUCAAGUUCGAAACUGGGUCACGUGCGGUCAAAAACUAGGUCAGUAGAUCUUGAAAUAGAAAAACCUUGUGACCUCUCUAGAGGCCAUACUUGUGAAUGGAUCUCCAUAAAAAUUGGUCAGAAUGUUCACCUUGAUGAUAUCUAGGUCAAGUUUGAAACUAGGUCAUGUGCCUUAAAAAACUAGGUCAGUAGGUCAAAUCAUAAAAAAACCUUGUGACCUCUCUAGAGGCUAUACUUUUCAUGGGAUCUGUAUGAAAGUUGGUCUGAAUGUUCAUCUUGAUGAUAUCUAGGUCAAGUUUGAAACUGGGUCAACUGCGGUCAAAAACUAGGUCAGUAGGUCUAAAAUUAUUAAAAUCUUUUGACCUCUCUAGAGGCCAUAUUUUUCAAUGGAUCUUCAUGAAAAUUGAUCUGAAUGUUCACCUUGAUAAUAUCUAGGUCUGUUUUGAAACUGGGUCACGUGCGGUCAAAAACUAGGCCGGUAGGUAUAAAAAUAGAAAAACAUUGUGACCUCUCUUGAGGCCAUAUUUUUCAUGAGAUCUUCAUGAAAAUUAGUGAGAAUGUUCACCUUGAUGAUAUCUAGGUAAAGUUCAAAACAGUUUCAGUACUUUCGAAAACUAGGUCAAUAGGUCAAAUAAUAGAAAAACCUUGUGACCUCUCUAGAGACCAUAUUUUUCAAUGGAUCUUCAUGAAAACUGGUCAGAAUUUUUAUCUUUAUAAUAUCUAGGUCAAGUUCAAAACUGGGUCACAUGAGCUCAAAAACUAGGUCACUAUGUCAAAUAAUAGAAAAACGACGUCAUACUCAAAACUGGGUCAUGUGGGAAGAGGUGAGCGAUUCAGGACCAUCAUGUCCUCUUGUUAUUUUUCGUAUGGUGUUAAAGUCGGUGUUACAUUUGAUAUAUAGACCGAUUUAAUAGAAUACGUUAUUCCAGUGUAAUAAAAUACAAGCUUUUUGCCGGCCAAGGGCUUAUGUUUUUGACUUUUGACCGGCAAUCAAUCAGUUUAUCAGAAUAUAUUAAAAAUGAAUGUCAUA